GCAGCAGCUUCAGUCCCCCAUGCAGAUCUCUGUCCUCAGGGCCCCAUAUUCGGAGACCAGACCGCAAUGCUGCUUCGAGACUGAACACCCACCUCCCACCAACACCAACCUCCUUCAGCACCACCCUCCCUCACCAUGAAAACACUCACAACCACGCCUCCAGAGGCACGCGCACAGGCGCAGGCUCAGACACACCUCCUCCUUCCUCUCCAUCACACACACACACUCAAACACACACUCUCUCACACACACACCGAAAAAAGACAUAAGCGGGAGUGAGAGCAUCGCAGGGUGACGGAGGAGGAAACAUGUCCGGCGGUGUGAAGGACGGCUCGGCUCCGGGAGGCUCGCGGCAGGUGCGGUAACGGGUGAAGCUGCUGAGGAGUGGGCUGGAGCUUCACCAUGACCACCGCAGAGGAUCCACUCACGGACGACGACACGGUAAGGCCCCUCACUCACUCACUCACUCACUCACUCACUCAUUCACCCCCCUGAAAUCUGACAUUUCCAAACAAACUCCAGCUCGUUAUUUUCUGUCCCAGCUUGAACCCGCAGCCUCCGAGUUUUAACACCGUCAAUGAUGUCAUCCCGCGCGCAAAGGCGUUAGGUCAGCCACGGAGGACGGAGGGCCGCCCGUGCCGCGCCGUGCCGCAGCAGCAGCACCAAAAUAAUAAAGAGGGGUGCACAAGUGCGUGAGUGCUCAAGUGCGUUAGUGCGAGUGUUUGGUGAGGCUUCAAGGCUGACUGCGCCGCUUCGCUGUGGGGGAGCGAAUCUGCAUUAUGGCUGAAAAAAGAGCGUUAAAUUCGCGCGUCCGAGUUGUUUUUGGGAACAAAUCGACCAAGAAAUCAAGACAAACCCAGUUCAGAGCAGAGUUUUUAACAGGAAUACAGGCUGUAGGGGGAGAAACAGCCGUGAUCUCCGCGGACAGACUCUUCCAUCCUCUGAUAAGGUCACUGUGAAGUCUGAGUUGAUGGAGUUUGCCCACACAGAGACCAUGAAAACCAUCCAUAUUGAUUAUGAGGUCGUGUUUUUUUCAAAACUGUGCCCUCUGUGUGUUACUCCAGGAGUGUUUCACGGUUUCUUUGCUGUAUCCAUGGAGACAGUCCAUGGCAUGUGGUCUUGUACUUGUGUAAGAAAGUGCAGUCCCUCUAUUGAACAACAGCCUCGGAGCAUGAAGAUGAGCAGAGGCAGGAAUGUGUGCUCACACUUAGUCUGAGAGGACUUUCUGUCCUCUCUGUUAGAGUCACCCUCCGCCUUUUAUUCAUCAAACACUUUUCUGUUUCUGGUUUUCUUUAGGAGGAUUUAAAUCUGUGUGUUUUUAGUGUUCAGUGGAGGUCUACUGUAGAUCCAGAUUUUAACAAUAAUCUUAUUGAUCCUGUUGCACUCCCAUGAGGACUUCUUAUUAUUUAAAAUGAUCCUGCAGACUCUGUCAAACAACAAUAGUGGGAGCUGUUGUCCUCUAACGUCAUAAAUCAGGACGGCUGUUAAAACUAAUAAAUGGCUCAUCCUGCUCCUUAUUAAGUCUGUUUAUUUAAGAUGGAGUUAUAAAACAGAGUCAAGACCUUUGUCAGUAGAGUUAGUACAUGUAUUUGAGAUUUUUCCUUCAUUAGUGUCACACUUUCACAUUUCCUCUCCCUCAGGUCACACUUGGUUUUUCUCAAACUGAAACAGACUUUUAGGACUUUAUUUAACAGUCGGUAUAAUUCCACUUUUUCAGCUGAUAGACAUAAAACAGAGAAAACAUCCUCCUAAGUUCAGUGAGUCCAGCUCUUUCUUGAGUGAUGUCCAUCCUCUGAAACCUCGACUGUGUGAGACUCUAAAGGAGACUGAUGUGAGCGUACAGCUGCUGGGUUCGAUUUCCUGAAAUCCUCUCCACUCUUGUUUUGUCUGUCGAGCUCGAUCGUGUGCGAGUGUGUGUGAUAUUGAGGUGUGCUGUGGGGACAUGACAGAGAGACGGCUGGUCAGUCCUCCCUCUCUCUUCAUGGUGAACAGAUGGUCACUCAGGGUUAGCUUGUGGGUGGGUGCCAACAAGAAAGCCCAUGUGUUUAUGACACAGGAACCCAUUGUUGAAAAGGCAUCGUUUUCAGCCGUCAGAUUUGGGGCCUAAAAAGAAAAAAACCUUUUUGUAACUGUUUAGCAGAGAUCCGUGUAAGUUGGUGUUUUAUUAUCUAUCGAUCAAGUAUGUUUUUUCAAUCAUUGGUGAAGAGAAAUAUCGUGUUACUUCGAUUUCUGUUGAAUGAAAGAGAUUAAAUAAGAUUUACUGCAUGUGCAAAUAACAUUUCUGCAAUAUCUGGAUAAAUACUCACAAACAAGCGUGUUAAAUGUUUUCGUUAUUGUGAUUUUUGGAGUAAUAACUUGCUAGCAUUUAUUUGCAUUAAGAGAAAAUAUUUCACAUAAUUAAUAAUCAUGAAAAAGAGGCUAAAUGUAGAGAAUAAAGAGGACUUUAAAGCUCCUUUGAGGAACUUUUAGGUCAUGUUCAUGUACUGCUCCCCUGUGGACAAAGUCAUACUUCAUAAAUCCAUCUGUACAUUUGUUGUUGGGGUUUCUUGAUAAAAUAAAAUCUAAUCCUGCUGGUUUUUAAAAUAUUUUACUCAUUGGGCUUUUUUAGGGUGGAGAGCAGAAUAAGUUUUUGACAACAGUGAGUUUUUAUCCUCUCAGCUCACCUUUAAUUCAGUACAAAGUUCCUGAAAAUGUCCUGAAAUUAAAUUAAGGUAAAAUUAAGUGUCAUGAUCAGCCCCCUAAGUCCCCCGUCUGACUGGGGAGACCUCACACUGUGAGGGUGUGUGUGUGUAAACUGGAAUGCUCUGGAGCGCGUGUUUGAAAACAACCUCAACCUGACACCAACCUUUCCCUGAAGUUUCAGGUAUUAAAAAUAACUAUAUUCUAGGUCAUAAAGCUCCAUAAAUAUGAAUUUAAGUCUGUUUCAUAACCGGCCAAAAUCCCUCACAUGAGCUUUAAAUUUUGAUUGGUUGUCACAUAGUACAAAUACAGUGUAAAGCUGUUUUUAGGCUGUAGGGUUAGUAAAUAAACAGCUUCAUCUUUUAAAUCUGUAAACAUUCAUAAUUACAGACAUGUGUCAUGUCACUGUUGAGAUUAAUUUACAUCUCAGAUUAGAUUAGAGUAGAUUCACUUUGUUGGACCUCCGGGGAAAUUUGCCUUUGGCAGAAGUGCUGAAGAAACACACAGCUCAGAGCGUCAAGAUCUGCUGUAACACAAACACGGCACAUCAAACCAGGCAGCCACCAAACAAACCGAGAUCACGGCAUCAUUAAAAUCACUGUAUUCAGCUUUAAGAUGCUUCACAGAAAGGUUUCAGUUCACAGACUCAUCCCAUUCACAAGGAUCUUAUUAUAUUCGGCUUUUAAAGGAGGAUUUUUACAGUUUUGAGUAUGAAUGCGUUAAAAUAAACACGUUCAUGCGCUGAAUGACUCAGAUUCAUGAACAGUCAUGUGAACGUAGCUUAUUUUGGAGACAGUCAACAGUUUUAAUGAGGUGUUAAAAACUCCUAGAAAGAGUUUUAUCUUUAAGUUUAUGUAAUACAGUAAAAUUCCUACUGAUGCCUUUACAUCAUAUCUGUCAGUGACGAGACUGAGUAUCUAUCAUAGGAUCUGCUCUUGUAUCAAACCGUGGAGAGAGGGUAGAUGUCAGCUGACCUGCUGAAGAAACAGUCAUGUUUUUAGACUUUCCUGUCUAAAAUAUUUACAGUCAAUGAUUCAAUUAACUGUCAAAAGUCACCAUUAAGGCAUGUAGAUGAUUAAAUAAGCAAAGACUACUUUAUCCACAGGGGGCGCCAAAAAUGUCACUGCUGAAAAGUUCCAAACAGAAACUUUAGAAGUACUUUUUGUGAUAUUUUGUUGGUGUUUGUUUUUCUUCUUGUACUUUAAGAUGAUGUGAAAAACAUCUAAUCCACAUUGUAUUUAAAGAUGAGGAUUUUCAAAACAUUAAAGCUCCAGUGAGAAACUUGAUGCUUGUGUCAGUUUUGGCGCCCCCUGUGGACAGAGCAGUCAUUGCUGAUCUCAUGCUUUAAUCGUGUUAUCUGACAGAAAAAAUAAUCCUGUUGACUUUUAUCAGUUUAAUGUAACUUUAACUGAAUUAUGAGUACUUAAAGUGGAUUUUUUAUGACAGGGCUUUUUCCUCAAUCCAUGUGAAUUUCAGUGUAUUUCAGACAAGUAAAAAACUCCUCACUGGAGCUUUAAGCCAAAUAUUUAGCCAACAAAUUACAGUUUCAAGUGUUCACAAACAUACUUGUAUUUUAAAUGAAUAUCUGUCUUUGACUCUUCAGAAUAAAGCAGUAAUUCAGGGGCACUGAUGUUCUGGUGGUCCCAUGAAUACAGGCUAUAGUCUAUGUUACUGGUUCGUUCUCUGGCCUUUUGCUGUUUGACUUUCCUCACUCUCUAUUCCCUGUAUUAUCUAUUUUUUAAUCAGCUGAAAAAGGUGCAAAUGCCCAAAAUAUAACUUUAAAAGAAGAGUAAUACAGCAGUUAAUUCAGUCUAGUAAAUGUAGGCGAUAAGGGGGUCUCAGGGGGCUCGACAGAAAAAGCAGCUAAACCUGAUGAAUGUUCGGUCUGUGUGAUUUGAACUGAGAAAGCUCUUCUUAGUGUGAACUCUGAGUUUGUUUCAUGGUUUCUCUCUUUUCACAGGCCGUGUUGACCUUGAAUCACGCUGAAUGGAGAGGAUUGAAGUCCCUUAAAGAUGACCCGAACCCAUCCCCCUGAUAUCCUGGCAUCCACUCUGUAUCGGGACUUUACUCUGAAUCCGCUCUCUGACCGCUCCGUUUCUCUCCGGGCCUCUCAGCAAUGUGACUUAAAAAUGAUCGACAAACCGGAAAUCAUUAACAAAAGACACUGUCGCAGCUUCGACUUCAUCGAGUCACUGGAUGACCCCCAGUCCUUCUCUUCCUCCAUGGAGUACCCGUACAAGAGGGCGGAGCAUCAGGCGCUGAACAAAGAUCUGAUGUGGAACGGGCUGGAUCAACCGGGGCACCUUCGUUUUUCAUCUCCUGAUCUCUUCAACACCCGGCAGUUUCAGCAGCAGCAGCAGCAGCAGCAGCAGCAGCAGCAGCAGCCGCCCACCCAGGACAAAACCAGCCAUCUCACGUGGUCGGACUCUAAAAAGAGAACAAGAUCUAAAAGUACUCCAAGAUCCAAGGCCACACUCACCCCUGUGCCCAUCUCAGUGUCCCCUCCAGGGGCUGGGAAGGGGAGGGAUGCACCCCAGGCUGCGUCAGAUACCGCGAGGACUCCUGAAACACAGCGAGAGUCGUUCUCCUCCAACAGGGCUUUUCUGAACGACGUGCAUCCCUCCAAACUGCAGCAUCACACUCCUCUCUACGUCUCGGACUGUUUCGAGGAGGAUAAACCCGACAAACCAGCCGUCACCCCUCACGUCAGGUGCCGCAUGGACAUUAAACCGGAUGCUUCUGUUCUGCAGCACACAGCGAGGCAGGUUCCCAAUUUACGGACUGACCAUCUUUGGCAGAGGUACUCUCAGGCCAGCAGUAGAGGUUUAUACGUGCCGCGACAGAUUGUCUCCUCACCGACGCCCACUCCGAGCGAAUGCUACAGCGCAGACUUCAGAUCAGGAUAUCACUACACCAGCAUGUCUCCGAUCUCCUACCAGCAUUUAGACAUGCACAGGAUGGCCUCACCCACAGCGCCGUAUCUCAGUCAGGAACAGAGAGCGUACUCAAAUCCAAACAUACCGACCAAGUUUUUCUACACAGAGGACCCCCUUCGAUACUCAGUUCACCCCUACUCCAGAUCGUACUACCAGGAUGAUCGGUCCAGUCUAACCAGCCACGGUAGCACGAUAACUGGGCCGUACGAUCCGAGGACUCGCUGGGUGCACACCCUCCCCGUCAGGUCAUUUUACACGGACCACCCGUCCAACAGGGACUCGGUGAACUCGGCGUACAGCAGGCCUUACUCCACAAGCGAGGCAGGAUCGUACUUUUCUCAAACUCCACUGUCGAGAUCUUUCUACGGAGACGAAAGUCGCUUCAAUCCGUACCACAUGAGCAACUCCAGGCUGUUUUAUCCCAAACCAUACAACUCCCCAGAGGAGCCGUACUUCCCCAGGCCGUAUCAUACAGAGGGUCGCCGGCGCCCCCGGAUGUCCCAGGCCUUUUCUGACGACUGGUAUCGCUCGAGCAUAUCCGGCUACUCCAACCAAUCCUCCCAGAUCACACCUCCAAGAAUCGGGCAAGACCCCAGUAUUCCCCCUUGGUUCGCCAACAGCUGCUUAGAGACUAGCAGGCUUGGAGCAGAGGUCAGAAAUCACUCCAAGUCUUGGGACAAUAUUCUGUAUCCACGCCAUGAAAGGGAGCCUCCGUCGGUGCCUCGCGGACGGAGCUACGAGAAUCUGUUUUACCAAGCGAGGCAUGGAGCGUCUUCUGAGGUCACAUCUCAGCCCGUUAUCCUCAACCUCUCGAGCUCACCCAGGCGCUACGCCGCCCUGUCGCUCUCUGAAAACUCUUUAGAGAAGGCCUCCAGUAAUCCGUGGAGGAACUCGAAGAGCGGACACUGGUUUGUAACUCCAGAGAUCACCAUAACCGACAACGACCUGAGCGCAGGUAAAAACAAGCGGCGUGAUGUGCACUCUGUUAGCUGGGAUACGUUGGAUGGGGAUAAGACGCCGUCCCCUCGAGUAAAACAGACAUCCAACACAGCGGACUCAACCAAAGACAGGAAACACAACAACUUCUCUCUUCAGCAGAGUUUAGAGCAGCUGGACGAACUCUUGGCUGAUCUGGUCAUCGAUUACAAACCGCCGACCUCCAGGAAGUCAAGUGUAGACCUCUUAGAUCAGCUGAAACAGCUCAUCUCUGAGGACGACAAUAAAGACAGGGGGUCAUCUGGGCUGGAAAACCUUGGGGGUCUGAACACACAGUCCUCUAAAUCCAGCCCCGACACCAUCAAAGACCCUGACAGCGGAUGUGACGCUUUACAGAGGAGCGCAGAGGAGUGCUCUCCGGACCACAGCACAGAUGAAGACGACACCAUGGUGUGUGCUAACAAGAAGUGCAACCGCACAGAGAACAUGUUCAACGCCUGCUUGUACUACAAGUCAUGCCACAGUUGUUACACCUUCUACUGCUCACGAAACUGCCGAAGGGACGACUGGGAGAUCCAUAAAGAGACGUGUCUGUACGGGCGGGUCAACAGCGUGUGUCGACACACUCUCAAGUUCUGCCGAGAGAAUUCAGAGAUCCACAAAGCCUUCUCUCGGGUGGCUAAAGCUGGCUACCUCUCCAGAGGAAGAGGAGUGCUCUUUCUGGGUUUUGCAAAUCCAGAGACGGCUGAAAACUUCCUGCAAGUCGGGCUGGAGAGCCUCCUCAUGUCUCCCACGUACCUUUCUCUCAGAGAGCUGGACGGCUUCAAGGACAACCUUGGCGAAUACUGCAAGGAGCUGCAGCUGGCAGGCAAUGAGUACGACCCCAAUGAAUGUUUUCUUCUGAAUGUAUCCAUAGCUGUUGGUGAACUAGUGCCUAACAGACCCUCACCGAGGGUCCAAGCACCAACAGUUCGCAAAUAUGCAAAGGUGUCCUUGGCGUCGUCGAGCCCUGACAAGAAGGUGCUGAAGAAGGAGAGUGAAAUGGAAACGCUCAUCCUCACUCCGCCUCCGGGCACGCCAGACAUCGACAAGGAGGGCGAGGAGGGGAGGAAAGCCAGGGAGGUGUGCUUCGUCAACAUCCAGCGUGAGCUCAGGACCAGAGGAGUGUUCCUUCGCCACGAGUACCCGACUAUCUACAAUCAGCUGUGCGAGUUUGUCGAGAGCAACAAGAGGUUCACUCCGACCACGAUUUACCCCAUCGAUAAGAGAACAGGGAAACAGUUCAUGUGCAUGAUCAUGGCUGCUUCUGAGCCCAGGACUCUGGACUGGGUGGGCACCCCUCAUCUCCUGGAUGACAUUAUAUAGAAAAGCACUAAGUUAGUAUUGAAGAUGAUGUCAGCUACACUACAUGUACAUACGUGUAAAUACAUGGUGUGUGGAUAUGGAAUCAUGUUAAUAUAUGUGACCAAUCUCUCUCUCUUUCUUUUUCUCUUUUUCUUAUAUUUCUCUGUCCACACUAACACACACACACAUACAGUGCACACACACACACACAUGCACACACAUAAAUGCACACACACACACUCUUUUAAAGGUUGUCCUCUGUUGUUAUUGGCUUAUUUUGAUCCUGUUGCACUCAGAAGAGUAAAUAGCCUGCAUGUAGACUAGGCACAAACCCAGUUAUUCAGGUGUUUAAGAUGUGAACAUGUAUGAUCUGUGCAGUUCCUGCUGACAAUGUAUGAAGCACACAAUAUUUAUGAUGAAAACGUCUCAUCGCCACCAAAUAAUAGGCACAGCCCAUCGCUCAUCCGACUAAUACGAGACAUCCACUCUUGAUAUCUCCAACAAAUGCUCUACUGUUGCAGUGGUUGUCAUAUCACAACGACUUCUGACUUCCAAGUGUUAUUUCCCCAGUAUUCUGUAUUUGUGUGGAUAUAUUUUUAAAUGAAUCUUUAUUAUUUUGAAAGCUAAAGAUACAAUCAGGUCCGCUCUUUCUCCCCCACUUUAUUAGAAAUGUUGGUUUAAACUCAUCUCAUGAUAAGACUUGAUGUCAUCCUUGUGUAAAUUGCUUUGUUUGAAAGUGGCCUUCAGUCGUAAAAUAAAAAAAAAAUGCAUUUGACACAAAGCAAUGUAUAGGUAAAGCUCUUUGUAAAGCCUUGACAGCUCUGGACUUCGGUUGUUUGAAAUACCAUUGUAAAUGAACAAUUAUUUUGCUCAAAGCAUGUUAUUUAUAUUCAGGUAUUUUAAUAUUGAUAUUGCUUUAAACUAAAGUUAUUAUGUUAAUGAGAUACCAUUUGAUGCUUAGAAAUGUAAGAGGUAUAUAUAUUGAAUAUAAAAUAAUUUGAACAUUAUGACCUUGAGACCUUAUUGUAACGAGUUCCACAUUAUGUUCUUCAACGAUAUGCAAUAAAAGAGCAACCUUAUCACCCGUACCCCAAAGUCCUAUUUUAUUAAUAUAAUGAGUAAUUUCUUGGAGCCGAGAGCUGCAAAGACUUUGUUUGCACUAAAACUGAAAUUAUAAUCCAGAAUGUUCUUAACACAGCUUCAGCACUGAACACACAUAUAAUAAUGAUGAUGAUGAUAAGCCUGCGUCUAUUGCCAAUGUUGACUAAUCUAAGGUUGCUCUUUUACUUGAUGAUAUAUAUAUCUUUGUGCAAGACCUUCCUCAACUUUCUAUUUUGUGAUGUUUAUAACCCAUAUAUAAAUAUAUAAUAAAUGGAAUUUAACAAGCUAUCGCUCAC